UCUUCACCUGGCGAUACUCGUAAACUUGUCAAAGAACUUCCUGAUGAAACUUAUGAAAGCACUCCAAAUGCUAAAUUCUUCCUAUUAGAACCUCUUCCAAAACCUAUUCCUGAUUUCUUGCCAAUCUUAAGGAUACCUUUUGAUCAUUCAAUGUUUUACAACCUUAUCACCUUACAAGCCCAAAUG